AUGUGUGGGAUCUGUUGUGUGGUCAGUUUGACCACGCCGCAAGAUUCACUUGAGAAUCAUGUGUGUGAAAAGCUUAAAAACAGAGGACCCAACUCUAGCAAAGACGUCACAGAAACAUUAUCAAAUCCAAAUUACAGUCUUCUUUUUUCUGCCCAUGUGCUUCACAUGAGGGGUUGCUUGACCCCUCAGCCUCUUCAAGACGAAAAUGGGAAUAUGUUUCUUUGGAACGGCGAGGUGUUUGGUGGUCUCACGAUAGGGUCAGAUGAGAACGACACCCAAGUCCUUUUCCAUUAUUUGAAAAUGGCCCAGAGUGCCUCAGAUGUGGUAUCUGUAUUAUCACAUCUUAAGGGACCCUGGGCCUUUAUCUAUUACCAAAAAGUAGAACGCUGUAUUUGGUUUGGGAGGGACUUUUUCGGAAGAAGAAGUCUGCUUUGGAAAUUUAAUUCGGAAAGAUCGUCCUUCACACUCACAUCAGUUGCUUCUCAGUCAGUGGAUAAUAUUACUUCCCAGUGGCAAGAAGUACCACCUCAUGGAGUGUACAGGUUUGAUCUAGGGGACUUAUCACAGCGAGGGACAUUUACUUUUGAACUUUAUCCAUGGGUUUUCCACGGUGAUGACGAGCCAAAUCACAUACAGGAAUCGAAAUGGGAAGGCCUUCCCUGUUCUGUCUCUGUAAACAUAAACAGUUCUGGACUUUACUUGACCUCUCCUGUUUGUCCAAUGAACACAUCCAUUUCUUCACCUGAAACUGCUGAACAGGAUCAGAAUGCCUCACAAACCUCUGUUAAAAAUCUGAAAGAACGUCUGACAAACACCGAGAAGAGAGAAAUGGUUAACAAGCUUAUUGAUGUUCUCAGUGAGGCAAUCCGUAAGAGAGUUCAGUACCAACCUUCGCGAGACCAAUCAGCUCUCCCCUUCAAAAAUACCAAAGCUGAUGUUGCUAUUCUCUUCUCGGGGGGAAUUGAUUCAAUGAUUUUAGCCGCCCUUGCUAAUAGACACAUUCCUGCAGAAAAACCCAUUGACCUGCUCAAUGUCGCUUUCAAAAUUCAAGAUGCAAAGGUGCCGCCAAAGUCCAUGAAACGAGGGAAAAAUAUGAAAAAUAACCCCGAUGAAACAAAAUCCGAUCCGCAAAGAAGUUUUGACGUACCAGACAGAAUUACCGGUAGAGCCGGUCUGCAGGAACUGAAAAAUCUCAGUCCACAGCGAAAGUGGAACUUUGUUGAAAUCAACGUAACUCAAGAAGAGCUUCAAAACAUGCGUCAGAAACGCAUUUGUCAUUUGGUGCAUCCUUUGGACACCGUUCUGGAUGACAGCCUUGGAUGUGCCCUCUGGUUUGCAGCUAGGGGACGUGGUCUUGUAAAUGAUGGCAUUGAACAAGAACUUUAUAUUUCAGAGGCUAAGGUGGUUUUGACUGGCAUUGGGGCAGACGAACAGCUGGCUGGAUACUCCAGACACAGGGUGCGGUAUAAAAACUCUGGGCUAGACGGACUUGUCAAAGAGCUGGCCAUGGAACUAGGCCGAAUAUCCUCGAGAAAUCUUGGAAGGGACGACAGGAUCAUUGGGGACCAUGGAAAAGAGGCCAGAUUCCCAUACUUGGAUGAAGAUGUCGUCAGUUUCCUUAACAGUCUGCCUGUGUGGGAGAAGGCCGAUUUGUCUCUACACAGAGGACUCGGAGAAAAGCUGUUAUUGAGGUUAGCAGCUGUCGAGUUAGGAUUGGGACUCUCGGCUCUGUUGCCUAAGAGAGCCAUGCAGUUCGGCUCCAGAAUCGCCAAGUUAGAGAACAACCAUGAGAAGGCCUCAGAUAAGUGCACAAGACUUGCCACUGUGUAAUUUAACAUUUUAUGACUAAGAACCUCAUUUAAAUGAUCUAAAGGUACUUUUAUUGUAAUACAGAUACAUUGUUGGUCUGUUACGUAGUACGUACACAUCUGAAAUCAUUGGUGUGGGGUAUUGAGUACAAAUCAAUUCAUUUAUUCAAAUCCAAAAAAGCAACAAAAUACUGAUUGCAUUUUAUUGUGAAUAAAAGUGUUAAGAUUGCAAC